AUGCAACCGUCUCAACGCCUCAAUCAUCCCCUUCACCUCCAUAACAUCUCUCGAACCCACCUCCGCAACAAUCUCCUCUUGCAGAGCAGCCUCGCAAUCGAGGAAUUGCUCAAUCAACUCACCGUCCACGAAGCGAUACGGGGUAUCUGCCGAACGCGUGAGAGUUCGGAACGCGCGGAAUUUGUCGAAGGGGAGGUUGCCGAGCGAAUCGACUUUGCUGGCGAUUACGCUUUGGAGCGUGAUGAGGAAGUCGUUGUGGUUGGGGUUGAUUAG